AUGAACUUGUGUCUCUUCUUCCUGACGGUGGGGUGCCUGGUGACCCCCUGCAUGGCACAAGGACUUUCCUGGCUCUUCAGACGCCUCCAUAAACGUCUGUGCACCAACGACCGCGUGUGUGGGCGCGGCCAGUUCUGCGACCAGCACUACGGCGUGUGUCGGGACCACGUGACGGAGGGACACGAGUGUCGUCGGGACGCCAUGUGUGAGGGCGGAUACAACUGCAUGUUCGGCCUGUGCCAAAAGCGCAUCAAGCGUGGGCGUGAGGGCGCCAGGUGCCGCAAGGAGCGGGAUUGUGGAGCAGGGAUGUGCUGCGCCCGUCGCCAUGGAGAGCAGGUGUGUCAGCGGCGUGUGCCGUUGGGCCACAAGUGCUACGUCCCUGAGGGCGGCCUCGACUACUCCAUGAACCAGCUUUGUCCGUGCGAGAGCGGCCUUGUGUGCAAAUACACGGCUCAACAGCCUCCUUCCAGGCACCAGCUCAUGGCCCUCAUGUCGGCGCACGAGGACAUGCGCUGCGCAGCGCCCUCGCACCGCGUCGACUGACAUGUCA